UUUCCUUUCUCCUUCCUUACCGUCACUUCCUCUCUCCUUCACUCUCCCUAAAACCCACUCAAAAACCCUAAUACACAUUCACACACACACACUAAGGCAACCAUGUCUGAGGUUGAGCUCUCUCGCUCAGAAAAGAAAAAGCACAAGAAAAAAACCGCGGCUGAUGCUGACGCCAAAGAGUCCGACCAAGAUUUCAUGAUCAAACCCCAGACCACCACUCCUUCCAUCGACACUUCCCAGUGGCCUAUCCUUCUAAAAAAUUACGACCGCCUCAACGUUCGAACUGGCCACUACACUCCUCUUCCCUCCGGUUUCUCUCCCCUCAAGCGUCCCCUUGCUGAGUACAUCAGGUACGGUAUUUUGAACCUUGAUAAACCUUCUAACCCUUCCUCUCAUGAAGUGGUUGCUUGGAUUAAGCGUAUUUUGCGGGUCGAAAAGACUGGCCAUAGUGGAACUUUGGACCCCAAAGUCACUGGGAAUCUUAUUGUAUGCAUCGAUAGAGCCACUCGGCUUGUUAAAUCCCAGCAGGGUGCAGGCAAAGAGUAUGUCUGUGUUGCUCGCUUGCAUUCCAAAGUGCCCGACGUGGCCAAGGUUGCUAGGGCUCUUGAAAGUUUGACUGGAGCUGUUUUUCAGAGGCCGCCCUUGAUUUCGGCCGUUAAAAGACAGCUUAGGAUUCGAACUAUUUACGAAAGUAAGCUUCUUGAGUAUGAUGUGGAUAGGCAUUUGGUUGUUUUCUGGAUUUCUUGCGAGGCGGGUACUUAUGUUAGGACUAUGUGUGUUCAUUUGGGAUUAAUUCUUGGGGUUGGUGGGCAUAUGCAGGAACUUAGGAGGGUUAGGUCUGGGAUUUUAGGUGAGAAAGAUAAUAUGGUGACCAUGCAUGAUGUUAUGGAUGCUCAAUGGGUUUAUGAUAAUUAUAGAGAUGAGACUUAUUUGAGGAGGGUGAUUAUGCCUCUUGAAGUCCUUUUGACUAGUUAUAAGAGGCUGGUUGUGAAGGACUCUGCUGUUAAUGCUAUUUGUUAUGGGGCGAAGUUGAUGAUUCCUGGAUUACUGAGGUUUGAGAAUGACAUUGAGGUUGGGGAGGAAGUUGUGUUAAUGACGACAAAAGGAGAGGCAAUUGCUCUGGGAAUUGCUGAAAUGACCACUGCGGUUAUGGCUACUUGUGAUCAUGGUGUGGUGGCAAAGAUUAAGAGGGUAGUUAUGGACAGGGAUACUUAUCCGAGGAAGUGGGGUUUGGGGCCAACUGCAUCCAUGAAGAAGAAAUUGAUUGCAGAAGGCAAAUUGGAUAAGCAUGGAAAGCCAAAUGACAGCACUCCUAAAGAGUGGUUAAGAAAUGUCGCGUUGCCAACUGGUGGGGAUUCUAUGGUUGCCAGCCUAGCAGCUUCUGCUGAACCUGCGGCGGUGGAAAAGGAAAAGGAAGAUGGAGAGGGGCGCAAGCGCAAAUUGGAUGACAGCAGUGAUAGCCCUGCUCCGGUUGUUGGUAAGAAAGCCAAGGUUGAGGAAGGUGAAGCUGAAGUUGAGAAGAAAGAGAAAAAGAAGAAGAAACAUAAGAAGAGUGAAGAGGAUGAUGAUGCUGAAACUGAAGAGAAGGUUGAGAAGGAAAAAAAGAAGAAGAACAAGGAUAAGGUUGAAGCUUCUUCACCAGAUACAGAGAAGUCUGAGAAGAAGAAGAAGAAGAAGAAGAGCAAGGAGAGCGAGGAGACUCCUGUUGCUGUUAAUGGUGCAGGGGAUGAUAAAAGUGAAAAGAAAAAAAGGAAGAAAAAAAGCAAAGAUGCAGUAGAGGAGUAGGUGAUGAGGUUUUAAAACAUUUCCUUUUAGUAGGAAAUCAAAUUGUUUUGCAGUUGUAUGUUUGGUGCCUACAUUAACCUUUUUAAGAAGUGUUUUGCAGUUUCUCAAUGUAGUUUUUGGCAUAAACAAUUUUAUGAUUUACUUUUAUGUAAUGGAAUGCGUUCAUUAUCUGCAA